AUGUCAUCUACCAGUGAUAAUAAUGCUAAUAGUGCAAGAGAGAAAAAACCACUGAAAUUCGUGUCAGAAGGAGUUGGUAAUGUAGAGGCCCAGAGGAUACGAGAGCAAGUGGAGCAAAAAAAAUAUGAAGCGGAAUAUAAAAGGAAAACCAGGAAGUCCCUGCGAGAUCAGCUUAGGUCUAAUGCUAUUAGUAAACAAAAACAAUAUAACGGUUUGGUGAGAGACCGUGAAAGUUUUACUAGGUUGAGUAAAGAGGACCUGGAAUUUUACCAGAAGAGCAAGAAUGAGUUGCUAAAAAAGGAAAAAGAACUGAAUAACUACUUAGACGUCAAGGCAAUCAAUUUUGAAAAGAAAAAAAAAGCAUUACUAAUGGAGAACGAUUCUACUACUAAUACAGAAAAAUAUUUAGAGACCGGCACUAGUUUGGGCAGUAAAACACAAAUAAAGGGCGUAAAGACAUCCAGCCCUAAACCAAAAAUCAAGGUAUCCAUAAAAAAAUUGGGUAGAAAACUGGAGAACUGA